AUGAGGACCUCCAGCUGCCUCCUCCUCCUUGCUGUUGUCACCAUCAUCGCCGUGGUUUAUCCCGUUACCACGUCUGCUCAACAGCCUUGGCACCCGAUCGACGGAGAGGACAUCGACAGACCGUUCUACCAGAUCCUCGGUGGGUGGGCGGUGAUGGAGCACGUCAAGCAGGCACACGACGGGCUCAAGUUCAGCAAGGUGUUUAGCGGCGAGAAGCAGGAUUUGUCGACGAGUGUGAAGUAUCACUUUGUCAUCAUCGCAUCGGAUAGAGGUGGCAAGACCGAUAGGUACGACGCGGAGUUGAUCGAAGGCAACCCACGCAGGCUCAUCUCCUUCGCCCCAGCAAACUAA